AUGAUUGGAUUGGAGAAAAGCAGUCCUAUGAUUUGCUUUGAAAUAAAUGCUUUUAGAGAGGGUUAUUGCUCUAAUCAUGCAAUUGAUACCCUCAUUCCAGCCACGAUGAGCAGCAGCCCUGCACCUUGCAGUCGAUCCUGGUCCAUUAGCGAAGACUCCCUAAGAAGGUAUGUGCAGUUUGCGAGUGAAAGCUGUAUACAAGAGUUAUUGGCAGCUUCAGACACAAACAGAGGAAAUGGCAAUGAUGAAUGGAAGGUUCUAACUCUUGACAAUGGAGUGGAGAUAUCAAAACGCAGGUCAGGCUCACUCCACACCUUUCGCAGUCGUUGGGUUCUUAGAUCCGUCUCUCCCCAACAGUUCAUCACAGUGGCCAAUGCCAUUGAUGCUGCAAAGCAAUGGGAUUCUGAUCUGGUUGAAGCCAGGUACAUAAAAGAUCUUGAAGUCAACCUCAGCAUAAUUCGCCUCAGGUUUGGAGAUAACUCAAAGCCUCUCUUCAGGAAUAGGGAAUUCAUUGUCUAUGAACGCCGUGAAACCAUGGAAGAUGGCACCUUGGUGGUAGCAGUUGCUUCACUGCCAAAGGAAAUAGCUGCAGGGUUACAUCCGAAGCAAAGUAAUGCAAUCAGAGGACUGUUGCUUCAGUCAGGGUGGGUGGUGGAGAAGCUUGAAAAUGAUUCAUGUGUGGUCACUUACGUUGUUCAGUUGGAUCCUGCAGGAUGGCUGCCAAAGUGCUUUGUGAAUCGAUUUAACACCAAACUAGUUAUGAUCAUUGAAAACCUUAAAAACUUAGCUCAAGCAUGUCCUAGUGAAGGUGAAAUUUGA